AUGCCACCUACCCCGCAGGUGGUUAUCUCACAUGGAAUCUUACCUGAACUUCAAGGGGACUCGUCCGCUAGAAAAAUGAAGGCCUCCUCUACUGUAAGGGUACAGACUUCUAACCCUGAGAAUAAUCUGGGUGAUUGCCAUAUACCGAAUUUAGACGAAGAAAACAAGAGUAUUGCAUCACCUGUGCUGGGUAAUAUUCUCCGGAUAUUGAAAGUAAAGCAUGGCAUGAGAUACAUCAAAAUCCCUGGAGUGCCUCAUGGAGCUGUCUAUGCGUUUAUUCGUUUUUUAUACUCAUCUUGCUAUGAAGAGGAGGAGCUGAAAAAGUUUGUUCUCCAUCUGUUAGUCUUGUCACAUUCCUAUUCGAUUCCGUCACUGAGAAGAGUUUGUAUUUGCUCACUGGAGCAAGUUGGGAACAUCUUAACUGCAGUGGUUAUAUGUGAACCAUUUGGAGCAUUUGAGUUGAUAUCUGAUUGCAAGAAAUGCUGCACUGAAGGCUCGGAUGAUUCUACAAGUAAGAAAAAAGCUGCUAAAUUCUUGAUAUUUGUCGUUCCCUUGUUCUCCAUCACAUUUUUUGUUUUCAGUGGGAAUACAAGUUGUUUCUUAAAUUUGGUAUCACAUGCUGCGUUUCCCCCCCUCUUUUCCCUAAUAUCUAAAGUUGCAUCUAUAUUUGUGCAAUUGCAGAUUACGUAUUCAGGCGCAAUACUGGAAGUAUGCAUGAGGAAACUAGUAUUCUAUCCGGAGAUUGUUGGAUUCAUCGAAGAAGAGAAAGACAAAUUCCCGACGGUUAAAAUUCAAUAUCUUUUCAAUUCUCCACCCAAGUUGAUCAUGUUGGAUGAUGACGGACAACAUAAGGAAACUACAAGAAUCGACAAUUGGAAACGGGAACACAUACUGCAAUUCCUGCAGAAGAAAGUUCAACCCAAAUCCGCAAGCUCGUAGACUUUUGUUCACAUUCCCAGUUAUUGUAAGAGAAAGGAAAACCUAAUUCAGCAUGAUUGAAUGAUUUCUU